AUGUGGCGUUCAACUUUGUGCCGACCGCAAACGUGUAGGAUGGUCAUGUUGACAACCGAAGCUAAACGUGUCGAUUGUGUUUUUUCUCAACUUCCUCCUGCGCCUCCACACUCGUUACCGCCUUUUACUACGUUUCCGUCCACUCCGCCGCAUUCCGUCAAACAUUGGAAGGCGGAUGUUUCAGCUCAUCGCAAGCUUUACCAUUGCCUUCAAAGUCUUCAUAAGUCUGUGGGAUACAAUCGCCAUCGAAUUGUUGAAUGGCCAGUGGAAUCCUCGGACACAUCUAGACUCCCACUAGGAGACUAUAUGCAGUCACUCAUAAGCCCAAUUGCAAAGUUAUUAAAUACGCUUCACAGCCCUGAAUUGCUACAAGGUAAUCCAAUGGGAUGUGUCAAAGUUGAACUCGGAAAUUUCAUUGUUGGAGCCACCUUUACAACCAAAGAGUUCAAGGUUUACUCUGUUUAUCCUCCAUAUAUUCUGUUUGUCCCAGACGAACUGUUCGAACCUGAUGGACAAACGUGCUCUGCCGGCCUCAAAUUCGCGUUUUCAAAGAUCUCGGAUUCUGCAUCAUCAGUCAUCGUAACAAAUUUCAAAGAUAUCGCAGUUUUCUUUAUGAGCAAAGGUAGGUACAUCUCUGUAGGAAAAGACAUCUUUAUCAAGGUAGAAACAUCCCAUAUUCCGGCGGCAUUGAGAACUUUAGCAGCUGCUUGCUUGCUCGAUGCAUUGCCGCCGUUUGGCUUUAUGAAUGGCCCGGAUUUGGACGCUGGCAUAUGGAAUGAGAAUUUCAUUCUUCCGAUGGGUCCGCCUCAAAACCCCGACCAACCUCUGCAUUCAGAUGAGCACUUAAUUGCUACGUGUAAUCGCAAUUCUGACUUUGACCUCGCUACUUUGUUACGGGACCGUAACAGAGCUCUGCAGUUUUUUCGAUGGAAUAAACAUGCGCUGCAACGUAAAUCCGAACUUGUCACACGUGCUAAAGAUAUUCUUCACGGGACCACAAAUCAACGUUUCAAUCCAGCUAUGCAGGUUCCGUCCCCCUUGUAUCCGUUUGAUCCAUCCGAGAUGCCUUCGGACACUAAGAAUCAUCUCCAAAUGAUUUACUGUGUGUCACCGUUGGCUCAAGGCGGUCUUGACAAGGCAUUGGCACAAAGCAAGUCGUUCGCACUUCAGAUUGACGGUGUGCUAGAGGAAGGGGAGAGAGUGGGAUUCUGCUCUGUCUACCGCUGCAGGCUCACAUCGAUCGAUGGGCACCCUGUAUCCUCCUCACCUUUGCUUUGUUUAAAACUUUUUGACGACCGAUUCCAAGAUUUACAUCAUUUGAUUGACUACGAGGAUCCCUUUCCCCUUUGGUUUGGGUUAAUAUCCAUCGCCGAAGACUGUACCGAUAAUGAGACGAUCGUUUAUAAUAAACUUCGUCCUGUACAAGGAACGGUUAUCCCUUGGUUCUAUGGGCAACAUCAGUUUAUUCUACCGAACGGAGUGGCCAUUCAAGGGCUACUCAUGGAAUACAUCGACGGAUACCAUCUGGACUCCAAACGUGCAAAUGAAUUGAGUUCUGUUCAGCAGAUCCAAGUUAUUCAAAGUUGUCGCCAUGCUGUCCGUGUUCUAGAUGCUGGAGACAUAACACAGAUGGAUUGGCAUGAUCGCCAAUUUGUACUGUACACACAUCCCACUGCCCAAGUGGAAUGUGUCGUUCUCCUUGACUUUUCAGUGAUACUUCAAACCUUCGAACCAGACUUCAUUAAUUUCCGGACAAACUGUCUGGAAAUGUUAUCCAUUCUUGUAAAUUCCGGCCCAACAGAUGGGGGGCUCGAUUCUGACUUGAUUUUUCAAUACUACGAAGAUCCUGACACGUGGGAUCCUACGGUGGGCUCAGUCUGCGACAAGAAAGGGCGCAGAAAAUUGGUCGAAUACAAUGGCACGAUGUUCCCUUUUAUAAAACUGGAGCCACCACCGCCCCUUGAACUAGCGAGGAUAUCAACGUGA